AUGCCAGUUGGCGAACGAUCUUCACCUGCGCAGUUUGCUAAGGAGGAAUUUAUGGAACAAUUAAACGCUGAAGAAAGCCCAACAUGCGCACAUUGGAAUCCACGGCUUUUGAUCAACAAACUUUAUGAGGUGAGCUAUGAACCACGAAAAGAAUCCAAGUUAAAUCGAUUCGUUAAUAUGGAAGGUCAUCUGGAAGUUCCGGUUGACGAUGACAAUGUGAUAGCUGCUGAAUUGCAGAAGAAAUGGACGCAAAAAUAUUUUAGAACCAAAGAGGGUCGUCUCCAGUGGUUUGCGAGUCAUUUUGCUGACGAACAUCCGGUUGGGGAAGUUUCUCUUUCUGGCUGCGAAAUAGAAGCACGUAAAGAUGAGGGUUUGCUGAUUGUUAAUGGGGAUAAGGAAAACUUUAAAGUGAUAUUGAAGGUAUCUCCGCCUGGUAACAUCUAUGACAAGUGGCGGAGAGCCUUGAACAGUCAUACAGGUUCCAAAUAUACAGAUGCAUUUAUGCAUCCAAUUUCUCCACCAGUGCAACUAAGCACAAAGCCUGUUUUUAUUUUUGAACUGGGUUCUUGUUCGAUUCGAGCUGGUGUUUUAACUAAAGAACCAUCAUUACCACAAUGUUUCUUCCCAUCAAUUGCUGUCAAAAAGAAAGACGGUAGCAUAAUUGUCGGUAUUGAUGCAUUGUCUCCGGAGAAUCGUCAUGAUGGCGAACUUGUACGACCAAUACAGCCAACAGAUCCAGCCUUUGAGAGACUUGUACUGGAUGAGGAUGUAUUAAAAUGUUGCUUAGAGAAGUGUACACAACAUUUGCGCGUUGAUCCUACAAAGUAUCGAGUAAUAUUUCUGAAUUCACUGCUGCAAAUAAAAAUUUUUAUUUCCGCAGUAUUUUCUCAUCCAAGUUUGAUACUUCAUGCUUAUGAUGUUACUACAGGUGCUGUAGUUGACAUUGGAGAUAAGUUGAGUAUUGUUCCUGUCGUUGAUGGAUAUAUUGUUGAAAAUGCUGUUAUAACUUUGCCCUAUGGUGCUUUGCAAAUCGCCAAUGCAUUAAAAAAAAAACUUUUGGAAGCCAAUAUGAGUCCCUACAGUUUCAAAUCUCCUGUUGAGAGGCUUAUACUGCGCUACGUUAUGGAACAAUCCUGCUACGUUUCUGUUGAUUUUGAACAAGAAAGAAAACAGGAUGUUGACUUGACUGUUUCGCUUGACGAAUUUCAACUUCUGCCUGAAAUGGCCAGCACAUUCAAGGUCGACUCAGCGAGAUUUACAGCUCCAGAAGGCCUUUUCAAGCCGAAAAGGUGGGAUUUGGAUAGUAAAGGUUUACAUGAGUUAGUUAAUGAAGCUAUUCAACUGUCUCCCAUCGACAACAGGAAGACUCUCUUCAGAAACAUCUAUUUGGCUGGUGGAGCAUCAUUGUUACCAGGGCUCGCGGAAAGGUUGGAAGCAGAAAUUAGUACGCUGGUUCCUUGCCAUUUUUACAGUCGUGUCCAUGUUUCCCCUUGGCGGUACCACGCUGCUUAUUUAGGAGCCCAGGAAUUAGCUUCUAGUGUACAGUUCGAAGAUAGGUGUAUUACUAAAGAGAAGCUUCCGUCUUUUCUUGACAGUUUACAAAAUGCUACUUUCUGA